CGACCUACCAAACCCUUGGGGAAUUCUCAUUUCUCACUAUGAGCUGCGCCAGCUACACUCUCUUUCUUCCCCAUUUCCCUUCACCGCCGUUCCCCCUCCUCCCUCCGCCGUCCUCCGCCGCCAUCUGCCUUCCUCCUCCCUUCACUCCUCUCAAACUCCACAACUCUCUUCUCCGUCCUUCCGCCAGCCUCGCCAACAACAACAUCGUAAACGGCGCGGGCGGAAACAACGGCGGAAGUAACGGCAACGGCGGGAGUAACGGAGGUAGUAAUGGCGGUGAUUGGUGGAGCAAUUUCUUCAAUUUCGAUAAGCGUAAAUAUCUUCAUCUUCUUCCCUAUUUUAGCGACGAUAUCGAUUCUAUAUUAUCAUGUAAACCAUUUUUAUUGUUCCUUACAUCAUUUUCGUCUUCGAUUACUUGUUGUUUACUAUUAGCGUCAUUUGUACAAGCGAAAGUUAGUAAUAAUGAAGAAACUGUGUAUGAAAUUAGAGGAGGAAAGAGGUAUGAACUUGUACCGGAUUAUACAAAGGAUGAAUUUGUUGUUUCAAAUACUAUGUGGUCGUCGUUGUUGUUGCACGACUCGGAAUCGAGUGGAUUUGUUAACAAUUUGUGGAUGCGAUGUAAGGAGUUAACGAAGAGUUUGUUGCUUCCCGAGGGGUUUCCGGAGAGUGUUACGAGUGAUUACUUGGAGUAUGCACUUUGGAGAGGGGUUCAAGGUGUUGCUGCACAAAUUAGUGGUGUUCUUGCCACUCAGGCCAUGCUUUAUGCUGUCGGAUUAGGGAAAGGGGCUAUUCCUACUGCUGCUGCUGUCAAUUGGGUGCUUAAGGAUGGCAUUGGAUAUCUUAGCAAGAUUCUUUUGUCGAACUAUGGUAGGCAUUUUGAUGUCAAUCCUAAGAGCUGGAGGCUGUUUGCUGACCUUUUGGAGAAUGCUGCUUUUGGGCUAGAGAUUUUGACUCCUGCCUUCCCACAUCUGUUUGUUCCUAUCGGAGCUGUUGCUGGAGCAGGGAGAUCAGCUGCUUCCUUAAUCCAGGCUGCUACAAGGAGCUGUUUCUAUGCGGGUUUUGCUGCUCAGAGGAAUUUCGCUGAGGUGAUUGCGAAGGGUGAAGCUCAAGGAAUGGUGAGCAAAGCUAUUGGAAUCAUGCUUGGCAUUGCCCUGGCUAACUGCACCCGUUCUUCUACAUCUCUUGCUCUUGCUUCCUUUGGAGUAGUAACUUGGAUCCACAUGUUCUGUAAUCUGAAGUCAUAUCAGUCCAUUCAACUAAGGACUUUAAAUCCUUAUCGUGCAAGUCUGGUCUUCAGUGAAUAUCUGCUCAGUGGUCUAGUUCCUUCUGUUAAAGAGGUCAAUGAUGAGGAGCCGCUAUUUCCAGUUGCUAUUUUAAAUCGAAAGGCAGCAUAUGAAACACAAACGGAAAUGCUUUCUGUCCAUGCUAAGCAAGCAGCUGAAGGAAUUGUGCGACGGUUGCAGCUGGGUUCUAAACUUUCUGAUGUUGUUACAAGUCGAGAAGAUGUGCUUGCUCUGUUUGAACUGUACAAGAAUGAAGGUUACAUUUUGACUGAGCACGAAGGAAGAUUUUGUAUUGUACUGAAAGAAAGUUCAUCACCACAAGAUAUGUUGAAGUCAUUGUUUCAUGUCAAUUACCUAUACUGGUUGGAGACAAAUGCAGGAAUCAAGUUGAGCAGUGUAGCUAAUGACUGCAGGCCUGGGGGAAGGCUGCAGAUAUCUUUGGAGUAUGUUGAGAGAGAAUUUAAUCAUGUUAAAAGUGAUGGCGAGGUAGCAGGUUGGGUAACUGACAGUCUCAUCGCGAGGCCUUUGCCAAAUCGAAUUCGCUUGAAUGAUGCCGCUGCAUCUUCUGUUGCGGAAGGGUGACCUUAUAUAGUACAAGACACGGUUUAUCUGAACAAGCUGUUGUUGCCCAGACCCUGAGCUACCAAACCAUCAUUGAUCCGUUCCUUUGGAUUUGCUUCUACAGGUGGAAGUGAUUGAAAACAACUGAUGAAAUACCCGUUUGGUGACUGUGGAAUGAGCUUGAAAUGGUAUCCUACUGGAAUGUGGAUCAAGAAUUGUACGAUGCAAUAAGCUGCUUGAAUGGCUGGGUUCUUGUGAGUAUCUGAAUGCUUUAUUUCAUUGCUGCCUGCUAUUCUAUCAGUAGCUUAGAAGUUCCAUUGAUCUUGAUCAGAUAACACUGCAACAUGUGGGACUCCUUCUCCUCCAUUCUUUCAUGGCUUAGUGAUCUUCUUACUGAUAUUCUUUUUGUAAGUUUACACAUAGAGUAAGCAGCAUAAUGGGAAAUGGAUGAAGUAGACCGAAACAAGUCGAGUUUGGUCACUUUUUUCCGCUGUUACGUUCAAUUUUUGUGCUAAUGAGCCAGUAUGUUUGUGCUAACGACUAGUUAUCUGUUCACCAGUCAUCAAGAAGGUAUGUUGAAGGUAAAAUUUUAGUCUUAUAAAAUUGGGUCAGAUUCAAUGGUGAAUCUGUAUCUAAGUUUGGUGAUUGUAUAGCUCAUACGUCAUGCCAUGUUGUUUUGGGCUCAAUUUGAAAAGUUAUCCUACCAAAUUUGGAUAUGGUUCUUUAAAGCUCAGUUGAAAAUUGAAGUUAAUUUC